AUGAGGUCUUAUCAGUCCUGCUCUACUGAUUCCGGCUCUGAAAUGGAGUCUCAAAGUCCGGAGAAGUAUGAGAACGUGACACGCCGGAGGAUGGCAGCCAAUGCUCGCGAGCGGAAGAGGAUGGAGGGUCUGAACACAGCGUUCGACCGUCUGCGCAAAGUCGUCCCGCAGUGGAGCCAGGACAAAAAACUCUCAAAGUAUGAAACACUACAAAUGGCUCUGAGCUACAUAAUGGCCCUCAAUCGGAUUCUGAUAGAUGCCAGGAGGCACAGUGCCCCCCACUGUCAGUGGCUGGACCUGCACAUUGACAGUUUACAGCAAGAGAGCUACCCUUGUUAUUUUGGACAAAGUUCGCCAGAAAGCAAAGAGCAUCUUCAACCCUCUCUUUAUCAGUGCGACUGCUUCCACAUGACUAAUUAG